CCAUUUCUCCGUGCGCUUUCCUCAUCAGAUAAAGGAAAACAUGUUUGCUACUGAAAGACACCAUAAGGACACUUUGCAGCAAAUGGAACACAAGUUUUUUGAAGAAAAAGUUCGACUUCAGCAAGAAGCAAGUAAAAAGAUUGCAGAGCUUGCAGAGAGAGCACACUCUGAGGCAAUCAGUAAUUUGGACGAGACAACACGAUCUGUAUACAAGGAGAACGUCAGACUAAAUGCUGCGCUAGAUUUUCACUUGAAAGAAGGACAGGAACUAAAAAAGGAAAAAGAAAUCAUGGACGCAAAGACGGGUGAUCUGUUGUCUGAGAAGGAACUGAACGGCAUGAUUGUGCAAGAGAAAAUUGUGGAGAGUAAACAUCAGAAAAAACAAAUUGCAGAGCUUCAAGAAAAGGUCAAGACGUUGGAAAAAUCCUUAAGUCACGUGGUGCGUGAGUUCGAGGCCGAACGAGCGAGCCUGGUACAGAAGUCUGAGGAUGAAACUCGAAACUGCAGAGCUGAAAUUUCGCGGUUGCAAAGAAUAGUGGAGCUUAAAACAAAGGAGAUGAACCGUGUCAAGAGAUUGGCGAAGACCAUCUUAGAUCAGAGAACUGAAGUCGAGCAGUUUUUCUUGGAUUCACUGGAGUACGUUAAAAAUGAAAUCGUCAGAAAUAGAGUGCAAUAUCGAAAAGACGCCCAAAACGCUUACCAACAGCGCAUGCUCGAGGCUCACGCCGGUCAAGGUGAUUUUCCGCGCGUGAGAACUUUCCGCCAAUUAGACAGUAGUACGAACAACGUGUUCGACGAUCUGAAGGAAGCCGAGCGGUGGACUGGGGUCCAGGGAAAAGUCGACAUGGCCGAACUUACCUGGGAACAACGUGAGCGCAUUCUGAGAUUGAUGUUUGCGAAGAUGAAUGGGUUUAAAGAAAAAAGAAGAUCCAAGGUACCUGCUCUGGAGCAUUCGCCUCCAGAUGUUCAGUCGAAAGCCCUGUCAAAUGCAGGCGAGCUAACACAGGAAGCACUGGGGGACAACACCUUCCUUACGCAACAAGACGUAACUGCCCCAUCACUCCCUGCGGCUCUUCCACCCAUGUCUGGUACCCAGUCUUCGGCGGCGGGGACCGUCAGUUGAAACCGUGGUGUAACUGGACACAGAGAACUUUGUACAUAGGAAAUCCUGUCUAUUGAUGUGAAUUUUAAUAGCUGUAUAUGGUUAGACUUGUAUCAAUGUAUGGUACCGGUGUGAAUAAAGAUAGUUUUUUUUUUUU